AUGGCCCAGAGACGCUUGCAGGGAGAAGAGCUUCAGCUUCAGCGUCCCAGCUUCCUGUUCACAGGUCUCCGAGCCAAACCGUUCUGGUCGCCCGAGGACUUUCCGAAGGUGGUGCACCUGCUAGAGGCCUCUGCUCCAAGACUGUCUGAGGAGGUCUGCCAGCUUCUGGGUGAUAGUGGUUGGAGCACGGACACCGAGGACGGAGCCCUGAGUGUCUGGCUGCUUCCGCAUUGCUUGAGCAAUGCUCUUGACGACACCUUGCAACGGUCGGCGCCCGCUCGCGAUGGGCAUGGCUGGCGCUGGUACUUGGCGCUAAACUACCUCGACGAGCAGAUGCUUGGCCUGUUGGAAGAAUAUUUUCGCGCCGUUGAUGGCGGCAACUUGCUGGACGAGCUGGCAGCACAUGGUGUUAAGACCUAUUGGCCUGACAGCGGGGUGCGCUCGUAUACACUUGCGGGAGGUAGAGUCAUGCCAAUCUGGUAUGACCGGAAGGGCCUUCCACCCACUGCUCCAGAAGACACUGCUUCUGUGGAGGAGUCUGUCCACAGUCUUGUCAAGUUGCUCGAUCAGGUGAGGGCAGAUGGUAUUCCGGCAAAUCGCACCGUGAUUGGAGGUUUCUCCAUGGGAGGUGGUAUUGCUCUUCAACUGGCACUGAGACAUCCAACAAAGAUCGCUGCUGCUUUUGUGCUGUCGUCCUUCAUGUGCGACAACGCAGCUGCCUACCAGUUGCUCGAGAAUGCGCCUUCGACGGUCCCCAUCCUCAUGAUGCAUGGUGAGGCUGAUGGCUUCAUUCGUCCAGUCUGGGGCAGGGCCACAGCAAGGCGAUUGAGCGAUAUGGGACUUAAGAUCGAAUUCAUCUCCAUCCCGGGUGUUCGCCAUGAGAUCAGCCGCCAGGAGACCACACUUCUUCGAGACUGGCUGUGGAACUUGCUGAAACUGGAAUGA